AUGGCCUUAACUGAGUAUGACAUUCAACAUGUCACCCAAAAAGUUGUCAAAGGGAGUGUCUUGCCAUACUAUCUUGCCCAUCAACCCUUGGAAGACUAUCAGUCGAUGCGCUUUGGAUUCCCCGACGAGGAUAUCAUAUUUAUAAGGGGUUGUAAUAUUCUUGGCCCCAAGGAAGGACCAGAACUUGGCUCACGUUGGACACUUGUAUCCGAUGGCGCUUCUAACGCUCAAGGCAAUGGAAUUGGGGCAGUUAUUACAUCCCCAACUGGUUUUCAUCUACCCUUCACUAUGAAGUUGUGCUUUGGUUGUACCAACAAUAUGGCGGAGUAUGAGGCUUGUAUCUUCGGCAUUGAAGUUGAUAUUGAUCUAAGGAUCAAAAUCCUCAAAGUUUAUGGAAAUUCAGCCUUGCUAAACAUCCAAGUUAAAGGAGAUUGGGAAGCUCAUGGUCACAAACUGAUCCCUUACAAGGAGCAUGUCCUAAAGUUAAUCCUAUACUUAGAUGAGAUUACAUUACAUCACAUCCCUCGAGAGGAGAAUCAGUUGGCUGAUGUCUUAGCUACUAUACCAUCCAUGUUUAAGGUCAAGUAG